AUGCAUGGGGAGUGGACUUUUAGUCCAGAUCAGGUUCCUGCUGCAUUCUUGGAAUAUUACAAGUGCUUGCUAGGUACAAAACUGGAGGCUAGAACUUCAGUGAAAGACCAAAUUGUACACAAUGGACCUCUGGUGACUGCAGUCAUGAGUAGUGGUCUCAAUGCCCCUUUCACUAAAGAGGAAAUCAAGUCUGCUUUGUGGGAUAUUGAUGGAGGGAAAGCUCCUGGACCUGAUGGUUUUGGUAGCUCCUUUUCAAAGGUGUUUGGGGUGACAUUGGGGAAGAUGUUGAGGGUGGUUUUGCCUGAUCUCAUUGCUCAAAACCAGGGAGCCUUUGAUCAUAGUAGAUUCAUUGCUCAUAAUAUCAUGGUUUGCCAGGAUUUAGUUAAAGGUUAUGAAAGGAAGAAUAGCUCUGCAAGCUGUCUCAUCAAAAUGGAUGUACAAAAAGCAUAUGAUACAGUUGAAUGGGAUUUUGUGGAAGAAAUGAUGGCUGCACUCAAGUUUCCUGCUCAUUUUAUAAAGCUCAUAAUGCAGUGUGUCAAAUCACCAAGGUUUUCUUUGAAUUUUGAAGGUGGUGGGGGAAAGAAGGACUUCAAAUAUCAUCCCAGAUGCAAGGGAUCCAAAUUGAAUCACCUGUGUUUUGCAGAUGAUCUCAUUCUGUGUUGUAAAGGGUUUUUCAAAUUUGUGUAUUUGAUGAUGCAAGGCUUUAAGCUGUUUCCUGUCACAACAGGUUUGCAAGGUAGUCCUUCUAAAACAUUUGUAUACUAUACUGGCAUGUCUGAAUCUAAUAUUCAUAGAAUCCUGGAUAUGACAGGGUUCUCUAAAGGUAGGUUCCCUUUUAGAUACCUUGGUUUGCCUAUUUGCUCUAAUAAAAUUAUAGUUGGUGAGUGUGAAAAAAUAGUGGAAAACAUGUGUGCAAGGAUCAAGAUUAGGAGCUCAAGGAACAUGUCUUUUGCUGGUAGACUUACUUUGGUCAACUCUGUCCUCAUGACUUUGCAGACCUAUUGGUCUCGGAUCAUGGUGUUGCCUAAAGGGGUGUAUAAUACUAUCAAUACCAUUUGCAGGAAUUUUCUUUGGAAGGGCACUGCUGAUGCUACUGGUCCUGGCAAGGUUGCUUGGGGUUCUAUCUGUAAAUCAAAAAAGGAAGGUGGGCUUGGCCUCACUAAUCUAAAACUGUGGAAUAUUGCUGCAAUGGGGAAUCAUGUGUGGAUGGUAGCCACUAAAAAGGAUAACAUGUGGGUGAGAUGGGUGAACACUGUAUACAUCAAAGAUGGAAAUUGGUGGGAUUAUACCCCAAAAGUGGGUGAUAAUUGGUAUUGGAGAGCAAUUGGCACUGUGAAAGAAUGGAUGAAGAGAUACCUGACUGAAGUUCAGUUGAGUUCUAUGCCUAAGUAUGCCAUCAAGGAAGCCUACUGCUGUUUAGCUCCUGUGGUUUGCAAGGUGCCAUGGACAAAUGCAGUAUGGGACAAAUUGAGUAUCCCUAAACACAGAUUUAUCUCUUGGUUGGCUAUGCUGGAAAGGCUUAACACCAAAGAUAUAUUAGUGAAAAUGGGGAUUACUGCUGACAUGUUAUGUUUCCUAUGUGGUUCAGCUGUUGAGAAUCACAAACACUUAUUCUUUGAGUGUCAUUAUAGUGCUAGAUGCUGGUUGGAAUGCUCUACCAAGGAUGGUAUGCAGAAUGCUCCUAAAUCCCUCUCUGGUUUAUUCUAG